GAAAGCGUUCAACUGUUUCAAUUAUGAGGAGACUUGAGUUCAACGGCGAUAUUCAACACUACCGCUUGUACUCGCAGGCCUUUGGGCGGCAGAACCCAGAGACCUCUUCACAAUUAAUCAAUUUUACCCCUUCAUCUGCGGUUUGAACAUUCACAACUAGAUUUGUCUCGCCGAUGCCCUCGCUUUACUUCCUUCCUGACUGGAAUUUUUGAUGCAAUAGAACUUCAUGAGUCACGCCGUGGCAUCUGGAAUUCCAGGUUAAAAUCUGACACCGAUUGGCUACGUCGUAAGGAUGGAUGGUGGUAAGCCUCCAAGGUGUAGUUUACGAUAAGGAACGCAUCAUCCUUCCAUCAGUACAUGCUCAACUGAUAGGCAUUUUAUAUAUUCAGUAAGUCCGUCGUAAAGGUAUUUUCAAUUCAAAAUUCAAAAUUCAAAUCCCUUUGAACCUCUUGACAUUUCCAUCAAUCAAUCUCAAAGAUUUCAAAGAUGUCGUGCCCAGAUUGCUUUCGAGGGGGACUAACCACAACAACCGCAACUGGCAAAGAAACUAUCAUUCAUGGUCUUCCGACUUAUGUUGCAGAACCAGAAAAUGGAAUUGUGCCAAAGGGUAUAGUCGUUAUCAUCACUGAUGCUUUUGGCUGGAAUUUUGUGAACAAUAGAGUAAUGGCAGAUCGAUAUGCCAAAGGAGGAGGACUUUUGGUUUAUUGUCCCGACUUUAUGGAUGGCAAUGCAAUGAAUCCUCGCGCCAUAUCUCUAUUUGAUAAAAUUAUGGAACCCGUGUCUUGGUUUACUACGAUUUUCUUCAAACCUAUAUACGUUUUCCAAGCUAUGAUUAUCGCAAUUCCCUGGAAAACAAAGACCAAAAUUCCCAUCACCCAUCCUAAAGUCGUCUCCUUCUUUCAAGCUCUUCGAUCAUCCGAACCUCCCUUUCCAACAAACAUACUCAAGAUCGGUGUCGCAGGCUUUUGCUGGGGUGGGAAGCACACUAUACUUCUCGCACAGGAUGAUUUGUCACGUCGCGUUCAACGACAUCAAUCGCAAGCCAAAUCUCUCACUCCUGAACCAUUGAUCGAUUGCGCAUUUACUGCCCAUCCUUCGUAUAUCGAGGUACCAAACGAUAUCGAAGCAGUCAAAAUUCCACUCAGUGUGGCAAUUGGAGACAAAGAUUCAGCUAUGAAAGCUCCUCAAAUUGAUCAGAUGAAGGAAAUACUUCAGGCGAGGCAAGAGGGAAAUUUUGAAGUCAAUGUUCUUGAAGGCGCAAAGCAUGGAUUUGCCAUUCGAACACACCCUGACGAUAAGGAUGAGUUAGAGUGUGCAAACAAGGCAGAAGCUCAGGCUAUUGAUUGGUUCAAGAGAUGGUUUGCUUGACAAUUAUUUUCGUCCCAGGUGUUGAAGUCGGAUUCUUCCGUUCUCAACGCGUCCUGUCGUUACAUUUCCUCGUUUUCCAAAUGUUUGCGUACUACUUUCUCACCAGACAUGCCCUGUCAUUACAAUGUUUCAAUACAUUCACAUGUUAUCAUCA